CCACUGGCAUGGAGCUGACCCUAGCGCCAGUAGAGCCCGGGACACUCAUUGAACAGUACGUCAUUCUUUGCAGCUCCCUUCUGCUGGGCUGCUGGUGCAGCUCCAUCGUUGGUACCGUGCCAAAAUCUUUUUCAUUUUGCGGAAUGUAACACUAGCCAACCAAUUCUCGUGAUGUUGCUUUAAAGUCGCGGAGGGUUUUUUUUUUCAAUCUUUUUCUAAAUAAUAACAACUUUAUAAAUAUAUAUAAAAAUAUAAUAGAAAGAAAAUAAGACACGAAACAUUUCACAAGGACUUGUAUUUCUCGUAUAUAUGUUUGAAAUCGAAUUGAGAACAGGAGCUGUUAGGCACGCCGGCUCGAGUGGAAGUACGUGCGAAUGCACGAUUGAAGAGGAAUAGGGUGAGGGUGCUAAGAAUCUUGAGUUUCCUCCUUGCUGAGUAUAAGGAUACAGUGAAUUAAAGUCAACUUCCUCGUGAGAUGAACUGGCUAUUUUAUCAUUCGAAGUGAUAGGACAGUGAUAUAAGUGACAAAUUCUAAUUAAACUUGUUUUUAAUUAAAAUCGUUGGUUUUUAAGUGUGUGCUCGAAUUUUUGAGAUGAGACAGUGAUCCUACUAAGUAUAUAAAAAGAUUGUGAUAGUGCCUCAACUAAACGCCCUCAACGUAUCUGCCAAUAGACAACAUAAUUAAUGCAAGAAGAUAAAAAUGGAAAUCAGGACACGGUUGCAUCAGAAGGAAGAGAAAAUUGAAGAUGGGAGUUAGGUGGAAUUAAAGACUUGGGUUGGAGAGAAAUAGAGUCAUUUCUUAAGUUAAAAGGAGGAGAAACUUUAAAGUCUAGCCACGAUUGAAGCUGCUUGUCUUUGAAUUGGAGCGUCGUCAGCAGUUUUGUAAAAGUGCCUCGAAUUAUUGACUGUGAGAGAGAGAGCAGGUCGUUGGAAAGAAGACCGAAGAUCGAAGACCGAGCAUCAGCCCUUUCCUUUUGAGCUUGUGCUCCGAUGACGCCCGCAAGAUUAUCCAGUGGUGAGAACUCGAGCUCGAUCAGGGCUUUAACGACGUCGACGGUGGCUAAAGAGUUGAGGAGGUGCUGGAGGGUACUCGAGAAUGGAACUGAGAGGUAGUUGUACUGUAGAGACAACGACGCGUCAAAGUUUUCGAACAGAAACUGUUAAGGAGGAGGUAGCCUCAAAGAACGAGGAAAGAGAGAAUUGUCAACUGGGCCCCGGAAUUGGGUCCUGUUGCCAGGAAGGAAGUUUUCCAGUGGCAGGAGGACGCCACAGAUGCGGGGCCCGGAGGGGCCAGGCCGCGGAGGCGUGACGCGAUGCGGACGCCCUCCACCGCAACCUCGAGGAAAAGGAGGAAAAUCCUCUCUGCAUCCGUUACGAAAGAAAAUCAAAUCCUGGAUAGUACAGUGGGCAGCGCUCGACCUUCAAAGAAGGAGAAGCGUUCGACCGACGGCAGGAAACAGAGAGAUGAUGGAUCUCGCGAAGACCCAGAUGACGCAGAGAAGGACGACUCCAGUUAUCAGGGUCGCUUGGCUGAAGAAGUUGAAAAUAAAGGAGAAAACGAAGAGAGAAUUACUCGGUGGAGAAAAGCCUCGUCAGAGGUCGAGGUUCAUUUUAAAAUUGAGAAAAGAGCGAGCCAAAUCACAACUACUGAGAAAGUCAUUGAGAAGCAGGUUUCGUCCUUUACGAGGAAUGAAUUUACAAGAGAAAUUAGCGAGAAUAAAAGAUUGUGGAGAAAAGAGAGAAAUCAAUUUAGAUCGUUGGCAUUGGUUUGCGUCUUCCUUGGAUUGUUGUUUGGACAUUGGUGGCCAGGAAGAGCGGAUGCCUUUUCUGGUGGACAAAAGUAUAGUACCAGAGUCGUUAGGACAAGGUAUGGAACUUUACGUGGAAUCGCGGCUAGAACUUCAGAAGUCGAAAUUUAUUAUGGCGUGCCUUACGCUACUCCGCCUCUUGGCUCUUUACGAUAUAUGCCGCCUGUUACACCAACAUCUUGGCGAGGUACUAAACUUGCAGACACUAUGCCCGCAGCCUGCCCUCAGAAACCUCCAAAAUCAGACCCCAAACUACCCAGAAGCAGACGUCUCUACCUCGAAAAAAUUGCACCCAUCUUAGCCAACCAAAGCGAAGACUGCCUCUAUCUCAAUCUCUACGUUCCCAGACCUCCACAUGGUGGCACUCAGGAUCAGUUGCCGGCUUUACUAAUUAUUCAUGGAGAAUCAUAUUCUUGGGGCACAGGAAAUCCUUUGGAUGGAACUGCUCUUGCUGCUUAUGGUCGCCUAAUUGUUGUUACUAUCAACUUCCGUCUUGGAGUUUUAGGGUUUUUGAAAACCGGUUCAAAAGGGAGUGCUCAAGGUAAUUAUGGUUUGAUGGAUUUGGUGGCAGGGUUACAUUGGUUAAGAGAAAAUUUAGCAGCUUUUGGUGGAGACCCAGAACGAGUUGCUGUGCUUGGACAUGGAACCGGUGCUGCUUUGGCAAACAUUUUAGCAGUUUCGCCGAUGGCUAAAGAUCUCAUUCAAAGGGUUGUACUACUUGGAGGGUCGGCAUUAUCACCAUGGGCUGUUCAACGAGAACCUCUUGUGAUUAAACAACGUGUGGCUGAAAAAAUUGGUUGUUCAGGGGACAUUGAAAAAGAAGAUAUUGCUCCUUGCCUUCGACUUCAUAAUCUCGAUGAACUUCUUGAUAUUCAACUUGAACCACCGCGAUUUACAUGUGGAUUUGCACCUUUUUUCGAUGGUGCAGUUUUGCCACAAUCACUUACACAGAAUUAUCAGCCCACUGUAUCCACAUCUGGAUUUAUGCCAUUAACACCAGGACCUGGUUCGGAAUUCGCAACAUUCGGUGAUCGUGAUCUAAUAAUGGGUCUCACUUCUGUUGAAGCUUGUUUGGAUUUGUCGGCAGAUGAUUUGCAAAAUGGUUUCAAUGAAACAAGACGUGAUCGAAUUCUUCGUACCUACGUUCGAAAUUCUUAUCGCUAUCAUCUACAUGAGAUUUACUCAACCCUUCGAAAUGAAUAUACUGAUUGGGAAAGAGGCGAACAGAGUCCCAUGGCUAUUUGCGAGGGACUCCUUUCUCUUCUUGGAGAUGGUCAAGUGGCAGCGCCUCUCUUGAGACUCGCUCUUCUGCACUCGGCCUCAGGUGGACGUGGAUAUUUCCUUCAUUUUCAACCUGGUGAUCAGCCUAGUCAAAGGGGUGAGGAAGUGCCGUAUCUUUUAGGAAUACCACUUUUGAGAGGCGAUUCAACUACUUUUACACCUAAUAACUACACACAAGUCGAUGAGAAUCUUUCGCGAUUGCUGGUUCACUAUCUUUCAAACUUCAUACGACGCGGGGAUCCAAAUAAAGCGAGUCCAUUAACAUGGUCUGAUAACAAUACUUCGACAAGUCAACCUUUUUGGGACUCGUACGAUGCUAUAAACCAACUCUACCUUGAGGCUGGACGAAUAACGGAGAUUCGAUCACACUAUAGAGGACAUAAAAUGAGUCUUUGGUUAAAUUUACUUCCGCAAUUACAUCGUCCUGGUUAUGAAGUUAGUAUGCGUCACCAUCAUCUUUUGGAAAGUGCAAGUCUAUAUGAAGGAGCCGUUCGACCCCAGUCAUUGGCACUACCCAUUCCAGCGCCACCAAUUCCCGUUCCAUCGCCAACAGAGCCUUCAAUGCCCGUUUCUAUCUCAACAACUGAAUGCACACCAAAUACAACAACAAUGAUUCCAACUACCGUUAAAAGUCAACAAUCCAAUCUUGGAGUAGGUCCUAAUAAUCUUCUUCGGAAACUGGCCUCCAGUCAUUAUCAAAGUUACACAACAGCAUUAACAGUAACUAUCGCCGUUGGUGUCUUCCUCUUGCUUUUGAAUAUAUUGAUAUUCGCUGGUAUUUACCAUCAACGUGAAAGGAGUUCAUCUUCAAGUUUAAGUGGAUUUGGUGAUAAGAAGAAAGAAGAGCUUCUUGAAGCUGGUUGCUCCGGUAUUGAAACAUCCAAUAAACGAAGACUCUCCACUUUUGCUUUAACUGAUUCUUUAUCUUCAAGUCCACCCUCACAUAAAGUGAAAUUAGUCGAUGAACUUGAAAUGACACUACAACAAUUUCAAUGUUCACCACCUCCCGGUGGAAAGAGAUUAAUGGAUCCUCCAACUUAUAAUAGAAGUCCUUGUCUUCAACGAUCCCGAACACCAUCACCCUGCGUUGAUGCAACAGUUGGCAGAGAUGACGAUGAUGACAUUGAAAUAGACGAUGGACUACCUGAACCACCACCUCCGCCAAAAGCUCCAGCGCCUAAUAUUGCUGCUUUAGCUUGUCCUGGAAUAUUACGACAACCCGGCACUCCGGGAAGUGCCAAGAAACGAGUUCAAAUUCAGGAAAUUUCAGUGUAAAAAAAAAAAAUUCCGUUCGAAAUAUAGGUGAUAAGGGACUAGUGAUACUAAAAAAAAAGUGAUAUCGUUCUCUGAAAUAAUCGAGGAAAUAAUCUUUCAAAGGGUGAAUUCUCUAAAUAUUUGCUAAAAGUUAUUUCAUAAAAAUUCUGAUAUCUAUGCUAGCAUGAGAAGAUGGAAAGUGCCAACCAUUAUUCACAAUCAAUUGUUCAAUUGAUCAAUGUGGUGAUUUAAAGUGAAGUUGGUGUGUAGUAAAAGGGACACAUGGAAUUAAUUAUAUGUGAACAUAACAUGGGAUUGAGGAAAACCAAGUGGAAUUAUUCUAGGAAUUGGAAGUUAAAGUUGUAACCAUCAGAAAGUAGUUUCAGUGAUGGUAUUUUGAAUGUGUAAAAUUAUUUAACGAAUAAAGUAUAUAAAUUGGGCGUAAUGUAUAAAAAAAAACAAUUCUGGCUAUUAUUUUAAUAUAUGAUUUUGUGGAUAAUUGUUGUGAAGUGAAUGGAGUGCACAGAUCCAUCCCUAUAUUUAUUAUUUUAUCGCUGAUAUUACAACAAAGGGGUGCUUACAAGUCUCAAGCGAACUGCUCCUAUAUAGGUAAAUCAAAAACAGUGAAAGUCGUUUUUCCUAUUAUUCAAUAAGAAUACUCGAGUUUAAAAAAAAAAGUAAUCUCCGAAAACUUAAAAGACUGAGAUAAAUCGGACAACAAGAAGAUACGUAAUAUUUAAUAAUACGUAAAAAUUAAACGCACAAUGCAGCCAGUUGUAAAUAGAGAGAAAACAGCUUCCACGUAGAGGAUGUUAACAUGUAAGCAUCCCUGGUGUGUGUGUGUGUGAGUGUGCAAAAAAAACAAACACCCGUGCUUGGGGCCAUCUUUAAAUUUAGGAAGAAAGACGCUCGUGUUUCAGUUGGCGCCUUUGUCAUUUAAUUGCAUUAUGUAAAGCUUUUAAAGUGUUAAGUUUAAAGUGCAUUAAAAAAAAAAACAUAAUAUCUUUAUAAGUAUAAAUCAAAAAGUAGCUUCUUGUUAUUGUAGAAAUUUAUUGUCUGUUACUUUGUUGAUUCGUGAAAGCGAAACUGAAACCAAAGAGCGAAGAAGGAAUUGGGCGAAUAUGGUCACAUGUUCAUAGUGACCUAUCUCCAAAACAAAUUUACGAAAUGUCCCAGUUGGUCCCAGUUACCAUUUUACAUAUAAACAUAUACGAGUUACACAUUAUUUAGUAUAAACAUACACUAAAUUUACAGACUAAAAGUACAAGCUUCAAUUUUAUUUGAAAUAAUUUUAUCCUCAUAAAAUACUGUCACUAGAAAUAGUAGGUACUAUAUAUUCAACUUUCAAAUUGUUAAUGUUUGAAAAUUUCAAAAUAUACCGGACAUAUAAUUUUAUUAUAAAGAAUUUAAACUUACUUUAUAAAAAAAAAUCUACUGAUGUUUAUUAUUUAUGUGUACUUUUUCAUGUAAAUAGUAAAUCGUCAGGGUUUUACAUUAUUUUUUUAUAUAAAAAAGCAUAUGUGAGGAAAUAUUGAAAGUUAUAAUAUUGUAUUUAUUGCACAUAAAUAUUCUUAUUUAAAAUGAAGCAUACACUACUUUUAGUCUGCGAAUGCAAAACAAACGAGUCUAUCAAUGUUUCGAAUGUUGGAGUUUGUUUAAUAAAGACGUAAAACAUAUUGAA